GUCAACAUCGAUGAAAACAUUGAUUAUUUUUCAGCUCCAAUUUCUUCAUCGAGUAUUUUGAUGAAUUAUCAAAAAUAAUUGAAAAAUUCGUGAAAUGGAUGAAGAGCUCUGCAGAUUAUGCAAGGCAAUUAGAGGUCAAUUUGUUCCCGAGAAGCCCAAGAUUAAAUCGGCCAACAAACUGCUUCACAGACUCUUCGAUUGCUACAAAAUUGAUAUCGCCAUCCUGGGAAAGAGUUCGUGCAUUUGCGAAUCUUGUUUUGAGCUCGUUUUGCGUAUAAGCGAAUCCUUAGAGAAAUGGAGCAAAGCCCAGGAAGAAAUUCAGGAUAAGCCCCUCGAAAUAGACGACUCUCAGGUGUUUCAGGUCAAGUUGGAGGCUCCGUCUUCGGAGGAUGAGGAGGAAUUAGCCCGAAAAGAUUAUGUGGAAGAGCCAGAGUGGGAAAAUGAUGAUCUAUCCGACCAAAACGAGGUCAAGUUGGAGCUUCAGUCUGUGGGGAAUGGGGAGGAGGCGGAAUCAGCCGGAAAAUAUGACCAAAACGAUGUUAUGGAAUUGACCGCGGAGGAACUUUUGGAUCCCUCGGACAGGGAAUUCUUUUCCGUGGGCCUGUCACGUGAUGGUUUGGCGAUGACGAAGUUCUUUAAGGACAAGACCAAGGCCGCCCGUAUGAUGUGCACCUGCUGCGACAAUGUCCUGGAAAACCUGGCCCACAUCCGGAUGCACAGUGGCAUAGCGCGUCCGAACCCGGCCUACUAUUGCCGCGAAUGCGCCUCCGAUUUUUUCACUAUUCGCGAACUACAGACACACAUAGAGACGAUGGGUCAUUUCAAGUCGAAAUGCGGCGGUAGGGACCUGGAAUUUUUGUGCCUUAAAUGCAACGAGAUAUUCCCACGUUUCUUCGACGUAAUCCGACACGAGAACAUCGCACACUCUUCCCCAACCUUCAAGAGGCAACUGCGGGGACACAAUUUUAUUUCCGUAACCGAUAAUCCGAAGGCCUACGGAUGCAGCUAUGAGUAUUGCAAUCGAAAAUUCCGGGUGUACACGCGCUAUUUACAGCACUUGCAGUGGCACAGGGAUCGGUUCCACCCGUGUCCCCAUGCGGGAUGUAACACUGCGAUAAAGGGCAAAAAUUACUCUACCCACAUGCGUUCGCACUUACGGGAGGGUCAGUUUAUGACCCUAGAUCCCAAGCAACGGGUGGAACCGGAUGGCCGAAAGGUGCCCUACGGCAAACGACAAUUAAGAGCCGUAGCGGUUCGCGUUUCCCCGGAUGUCCUCCACCCCCUUUUUUCUAACGGAGGACAGUUCAUCAGCCUGCCCAAAGAACUAACCUUGCAACAUGGAAAAUACAUAGAUGUCAGAGAUCAAAGCUCAAAAAAGAUAUCUAGUAAAUAGUUCAUAUUAAAGGUCUGUCUGCAACAUGUUCAAAAAAAUAUUCUUAUUAUUUAAUAUACUACUAAAGGUAUAAUAAAGCUGAAAUUUCUUUAUUUAGUUUGUUGAAAAAUAUUUAAAAAAUAAAUUAUGAAAAUAAUUGUUACUAUA